GCUGCAGUGCUUUACAAAUGCAUCUUUCCGAUGUUAAGAUGAACAGGAUGAGAAAUGUGUGAAUCUUUCAUUACAGGGGGAUUUGCCUCCUCGUUUAAUAGUUUUCAGUAAAAACAAUAUUACCUUUUAUCUCUAUCAGUAUUUGUAUUUAAAAACAUAAAUAAUAUGGGGGGAAGAAGGGGACAUAGGUAAUACUUUCAACAAUAAAAAUUAAAGAAAAAGAAGAAAAAAAAAGAUGAGCUUUAGAGCCAGAUAGCCCCUGGGUUUGACUGCUGCUCCCUAGAUUGUGAUCUCAGAUUGGCCAACUUCUCAAAGCUUUGUCUUCCUGUAAAAUGAGAUAAAUGCAUUCAUUCAUUCCUUCUUCAUUGGUGUAUAGUGUAUUUACACUGUGCUAGCUGCUGUAGAGAAUGGAAGGCACAACCCUAACCUUGAAGCAUUUCACAGUCUAACAAACCUGAGAAUAUGCAAAAGCUGACAUCGUUGUAAUUCACCUGAGAUCCAGAGUCUCUCCUUCCCCUGUGAGAAGUAAGACUUUGCAAAACCAAGCCCACAAGUAAGGUGAGAGCCCCAGGUCCCAAAGUCGGCCAGUGGGAGAGCCAGGAAUAAAAGGACUCGCGUCUCUCCACUGCUCACUUCGCCGUUCCCUCCUGGCUUUGGAGACACGCAUUUGUACUGUGAAAACAGAAGGCAGUCCUACUGGACCUGACAAUGUCUCUGUAUUGUGGAAUUGCUUGCAGGAGAAAAUCUUUUUGGUGCUAUCGGCUGUUGUCAACCUAUGUCGCUAAGACCCGGUAUUUAUUUGAACUGAAGGAAGACGAUGAUGCGUGUAGAAAAGCCCAGCAGACGGGAGCAUUUUACCUCUUUCACAGCCUGGCUCCUUUGCUUCAGCAAUCAGAACAUCAGUACCUGCCCCCCCAGCACAGCCUAUUAGAGUUGGAAAAGCUCCUGGCUAAGUUUGGACAGGAUGCACAAAGAAUAGAAGAUUCUGUGCUGAUUGGAUGCUCCGAACAACAUGAAGCAUGGUUUGCUCUGGAUCUAGGUCUAAAUAGCUCCUCUUCUGUAAAUGCUUCCUUACAGAAACCUGAAAUGGAGACGGAGCUCCAGGGGUCCUUCAUUGAGCUGAGGAAGGCUCUCUUUCGGCUGAACGUGAAGGAUGCCUCCUUGCUGUCCACGGCGCAGGCUCUCCUCCGCUGGCACGAUGCUCAUCGGUUCUGCAGCAGAAGUGGGCAGCCCACCAAGAAGAAUGUAGCUGGCAGCAAGCGUGUGUGCCCUUCCAGUAAGACCAUCUACUACCCGCAGAUGGCUCCCGUGGUGAUCACUCUGGUGUCAGACGGGACUCGAUGCCUGCUUGCCCGCCAGAGUUCCUUUCCCAAGGGGAUGUACUCUGCCCUGGCGGGUUUCUGUGACAUAGGUGAAACUGUGGAAGAGGCUGUCCAGCGAGAAGUUGCAGAAGAGGUGGGAUUGGAGGUGGACAGACUGCAGUACUCUGCAUCCCAGCACUGGCCCUUUCCCAAUAGCUCACUCAUGAUUGCUUGUCAUGCAAUUGUGAAACCAGGGCAGACGGAGAUCCAGGUGAACUUGAGAGAACUAGAAGCAGCUGCCUGGUUUAGUCAUGAUGAGGUGGUCGCAGCCCUGAAGAGAGACCGCCCAUAUACUCAGCAACAGGAUGGGACUUUCCCGUUCUGGUUGCCCCCUAAGUUAGCCAUCGCCCACCAGCUGAUUAAGGAGUGGGUGGAAAAACCAACCUGCCCCUCCCUGCCUGCUUAGCUCAGAUCACCUAGGUCCCUCCUCAGUAUCCCGGGGGGAGGGAGGGCACACCAAAGAUCUGCUGAAAAGGGGAAGGUGACAAAAGGCCAUACCCAACCAAAUUCAUAUUAAGGCAGAGGUGAGCCUACAGUAAAACACCUCUACCAGCAGAGUUAAUGAGAGAAGUCCCUACUCCUAGGCAACCAAAAACGCCAGCGUGAGAAGAAAAGCGAAUGAGAUGGCAACUGUCAAAUCAGAGGGAAGGUGAAGCUCUACUUUAGAUGUGGGCCCUUGUUUACCCAUUUUCUCCGAGGCCUUAGGAGUAAACAUCUUUUGGCAUGUGGCUUGUUAAUGCUGGGUUUAUAGCUAACUGCCAAAAUGUGCCUGGUGUAAUUUUGGUUAAAACUUUUCUCUGAGUAUUGAAAAUAUGUAGCAAAUCUCAACCCACUGCAUUACUUUUUGUCCUCAUAGAAUGAAGACAAAUAGCACAACCUAACAUUUUUGAAAUCAUGUACAGGUAAUUAUUUUGUUCAUGGUAGUUAAAUAGAAGUCCUGUUUCUUUAAGUCACCUGAAGGGAUGCGGAAGGUGGGAGCUAAGGUCUCCCCAGGGUCCUCUGUAAUAAAUCGGGUGCAAUGAGGUUCUGUUGACAUAACUGCAUCCCAGUGGGCUGCAAGGCGGUAAGUCUUUUUUGCUGUUACUUGCUCAGUUUGUAAUGUAAGGAAGUGAUUAUCACUUUGCCAUUCGUUUCCCUAAGUGUAAAAUGGUUGCUGCUAUUUGCAUAUCCAGUAAGUGUUGUAACUUAAACUAAGAGAUUAGUGAGGAUGAACCAUUUCUUGAGUUUUAUGGGACAAACUAAAUUUAGGAAUUCUCAUCAUUCAUAUAUGCCAUUUUAUACCUUGUCAUAGGGGAGAAGAAUUUAUCUGGAGGAAAUAAAAUAAAUUUAUAUACCUCUGUUUAGAUGUAUUUUUCUGUCUUAUGAAGAGAGGAAAUUGCAGAAAGUGAGAAUCUGGAGGGGGCGGGAGAAAAGGAAUCUCUGUAUUAGUGUGACAGGUGUUUAAGUCCAGGUUCCAAGUCUGGGAACAACUGAAGCAAUGUGCAGAAGAAACGCUGUUGGAGGCCAGUUUGAAAAGAAUGGAUGUCUGGGGAAAGAGCUGUAUCCUCAGAUGAUUUCAGGCACUAACUUGUGAUUAAAUACAUGAGUGCCAGAAAACUUAAGAUGAUGCAUACAUCAAAGUUCCACAGGACUAAGAAAAAGAGCUUCUAGAACUAGAAAAGUUAAAGCACUGAAUUUCCUAUUGAAACCAAAAGGUUACUGCUGUCACUGUUGCCGGCAAACCAUCAUUGCUUUGGAAAUCAAAGUACCUUCAUCAGGAAAUGGCGAGGGAUAGUAUGAGAUGGGACUUGCUUGUCCUGCUAGAUUGGCAGCUUGCGCCGACCCGAGCUGAACCCAGCAUGUAGACGGGAAAAGCACUCUCGAAAGAGAGGUCCCGAGAUUUCCCCAUAUCUUGCAGUCAGAAGAAAACAGUUCAGGGUCCAUGUGUAUUACCGUCUCCCAAUCUUUUCUAUCUCUAUGUGGGUGUGUUUGUGAGCACAUGUGUACACAUCCCUGGUCUGAAAAUACAGGAUAGGAAGGGGAGGGUGUGUGUUUCUCAAAUGUACCAUGGAGUAACUGUUUGCUUUUGGAUUAAUGUGUUGUUUUGGAAAAGAAAAGAUGAGAGUGGCUAACAGGAGGAGCUGCACCAUUGAACUUUGUUUACCAGCAAUGAGUGGGAAGAGAGCUUUGCUUUUCAGAACUCCAAGGAUAUCUGAAAGUUGAGGCAAAAGAGGACAAGGUUAGGAUACUGCAAUUGACAUAAAUAGAAGGAACUUUGGUACAGGGCUUACCUGGCUGGAGAAUAUUUAUGUGGCAAUUAAUGAUGAAGGUGCUAAGGAUAAAAAGAACCCACUGGGUCUAUGAAGUAGAAUAGUAAAAACAAGUUAAACAUUAAAAUCAGUGUAUUUGUCACCAAAGUGAGCCUGGCUCAAGGUCAUUCCUGGUAACUGGGAUAAAAAAGCAACUCAUUCAUUCCUUAUUUUUUACUAUCUUCCUUUCUCUACCCAACAUUUAGUCCUCAAUAAAAAUAAAUAAUGUUCUAAACAUGGA